AUGGCGGCGCCGUCGGCACGCGCACCGCCGCAGCUGCCGGGCGAGAUCGUCGAGGACAUCCUCAUCCGCUUCCCACCCGACCACCCCGCGCACCUCCGCCACCGGGAGCCCCCCGUGCUGAGGCUCGUCGCCAACCUCGCUGACACCGGCGGCGCCGCCCGCUUUGUCGCCACGCGCUGCGCAUUCCGCCCGGCCCGUGCCGACCGCCACGGUUACCGCGCGCACGACGCCCGCCACGGCCGCGUCCUCCUCAACCAGAUACCCGCGCCCCAGGACAAGGAGGACUCCGCCCUCGCGGUCUGGGACCCCAUCGCCGGUGCGGAGCUGGAACGCCGCCGUGCUCUGCGCCGCCCCCGACUGCGUCCACCUCGACUGCCGCCCCGGCCACUUCCUCGUCGCCUUCGUCGGCAUCGACGCCAACGAGAUGUUCGCACACGUCUACUCUUCAGAGUCCGCCGCGUGGAGCGAGGCAACACCGCAAAUCUCCCAGGUGAUGACCAACUCGACGUUGCCUUGCCCGGCGUUCUGGCCCGCGACGCGCUCUACUUCCUGCUCCACACGGGGACCAGGAUACUCAAGUGCGAUCCGGCCACGCGGGAGAUGUCCGUGGUUCACCUACCGUAUAUGCGCUCAUAUGCUCCGCGCAUCGUGCUCAUGACAAUGGAGAACGGUGAGCUGGGAUUUGCGCAGGUGGACUUGAAUUGUACACUCAGACUCUGGUCCAUGAAGAUUGGUCCUGAGCAGGGGGGAGAUGCAGGAUUGUGGGUGAUAAGCAGAGCCAUCGACCUCAAGAUGCAGCUCACUACUCGUACGCAGCUCCCUGCUCAUGAUGCCCUCAGCUUCGGUGUCUCACCUUGUGUGGUGGUUGACUUUGCGGACGGCGCUGACGUCAUCUUCCUCAAAACGGAUGAUGGUCUCUACUCUUUUGAUCUCAAGUCUGAUCUGGCCGUGAAGGUUUACAUGGGCAGUGGCUUCUAUGACAUCAUUCCCUACGUGAGCUUCUACACUCCAGUGUUACGAGUUGCCACCACAGGUGAGGGACCGAGUGAAGGCCGCUUCAACUGCUUGACAGACCUAAGGCUUGGACAGCAAGAGAAGAAGGUGUUGAUAGGUCAACAAGAUUGCAGAGAGAUGAAGGAUUCAGGAACAUAUGUUCAGGACAGCAUGCUCGGGCCAGGUGUUGGUAUCUGA